AGAAAUUUUCUCCAUUUUAAUGGCGGGAGACCCAAAAAAAAAUUUAUAUAUAUAAAAAAGGCAAAAUCUUUUUUUUUUUUUUUUUUACUAACGAGAGUGUUUUUAUCGUUAGGUGUGACUGCGUCAAAAUCCAAAGCUACGAAAAAGUUUCAUACACAGUAUAAGCCAUGGAAGACGAGUUUGAUUUCCCAGCUGCUGGCAACGUCAAUGAGGAGAUGGAUAUCUCCGAGGAAGACGACGCAACUAGCCCAAUCCCCAAGGUUGGCGAAGAGAAGGAGAUUGGGAAGAAAGGGUUGAAGAAGAAGCUCCUUAAGGAAGGUGAAGGGUGGGAGACUCCUAGCUCCGGCGAUGAAGUUGAAGUUCAUUACACUGGGACUUUGCUUGAUGGGACAAAGUUCGAUUCCAGCCGUGAUAGAGGAACUCCAUUCAAGUUUAAGCUUGGCCAAGGACAAGUGAUCAAGGGAUGGGAUGAAGGAAUUGAAACCAUGAAAAAGGGUGAAAAUGCCAUAUUCACCAUACCUCCUGAGCUGGCUUAUGGCGAGUCUGGUUCUCCUCCCACCAUUCCUCCCAAUGCUACUCUACAAUUUGAUGUGGAGUUACUUUCUUGGACCAGUGUCAAGGACAUAUGCAAAGAUGGUGGAGUUUUCAAGAAAAUACUAGUUGAAGGAGAGAAAUGGGAGAAUCCAAAAGACCUGGAUGAAGUAUUUGUUAACUACGAAGCUCGGCUGGAAGAUGGGACUUUAAUUUCAAAAUCUGAUGGAGUGGAGUUCACUGUUGGGGAUGGCUACUUCUGCCCUGCCUUGGCCAAAGCUGUGAAAACAAUGAAGAAGGGAGAAAAGGUCUUGUUGACAGUUAAGCCAAAAUAUGGAUUUGGUGAGGUGGGAAAACCUGCUGUUUCUGGGGAAGGUGCUGUGCCUCCUAAUGCCACUCUUCAGAUAACUCUUGAGUUGGUCUCUUGGAAGACUGUUACUGAUAUUUGCAAAAACAGUAGAGUCUUGAAGAAGACUUUGAAGGAGGGCGAGGGAUAUGAUCGUCCUAAUGAUGGAACUGUUGUUCAAGUGAAACUUACUGGAAAAUUACAUGAUGGGACUGUGUUUACUCAAAAGGGCCAUGAUGAUGAGAAGCCAUAUGAGUUCAAAGUCGAUGAAGAGCAAGUAAUUGAUGGUCUCGAUCGAGCUGUGAAGAACAUGAAGAAAGGGGAAGUUGCUCUGGUUACAAUUCACCCAGAGUAUGCUUUCGGCUCAUCUGAUUCAUCACAGGACUUGGCUGUUGUUCCAGCUAAUUCUGUUGUUUACUAUGAGAUUGAGUUAGUCUCUUUUGUUAAGGAAAAGGAAUCUUGGGAUAUGAGCACACCAGAGAAGAUUGAAGCCGCGGGGAAGAAGAAGGAAGAGGGUAAUGCCGUGUUCAAGGCUGGUAAAUAUGAAAGAGCCUCAAAAAGAUAUGAGAAGGCCGUGAGUUUCAUUGAAUAUGAUUCUUCCUUCAGUGAUGAGGAGAAGCAGCAAGCUAAGGUGCUGAAAAUCACCUGCAAUCUCAACAAUGCAGCCUGCAAACUAAAACUAAAAGACUACAAACAAGCAGAGAAACUUUGUACGAAGGUUUUGGAACUCGACAGUAAGAAUGUGAAAGCACUGUACAGAAGGGCUCAAGCAUAUAUUCAACUGGUUGACUUGGACUUGGCUGAGAUUGAUAUCAAGAAGGCCCUUGAGAUUGACCCAGAUAACAGAGAUGUGAAAAUGGAGUACAAGGUGUUGAAGGAGAAAGUGAGGGAGUACAACAAGAAAGAUGCACAGUUCUACAGCAACAUCUUUGCAAAGAUGAACAAGUUUGAGCCAGUCAAGUCAACUAAUGUAGGUGGAAAGCAAGAGCCAGUGUCCAUGACAAUCGACAGCAAAGCUUGAGGAUGAUCUUCUUACAAAUGUGUGUGUGUGUUCUUAACUGAUAGAUUUGUAUCCAUUAGCAUUACUUGGUCUUUGAUACACUUUAAAAUGGUCAGUGAUAUGAUAUGAGUGAGUGAUUUCUACUGUGUAAUUUGUCCUCUAUAAAUAAAUAAUAAUUUUGUCAUAAAUAUAUAGUUUGAACCAUUCAAAAGUA